AUGGCUCUGAAGACAAUAUAUGUGGCUAGACAUGGGUACAGGUCAAACUGGUUACCUGAGGGACCUUACCCUGCACCUCCAACCGGCAUAGACAGUGAUGUACCGCUAGCUGAACAUGGAGUCGACCAAGCGAAGCAGCUGGCUGAGUAUAUAUCGGCGACAUGGGACGAAGAGCGUAAGCCUCAGAUGGUAUUCACGUCUCCAUUUUACCGUUGUGUUCAGACCAGUGAGCCCGUUGUGAAGGCGCUGGACCUGCCACUUAUCAUUGAACGUGGUCUUGGGGAAUGGUACAAACCCGACAGACCGGUGAUCCCUGAGCCAGCCACUGUGGCACAGCUAUCAGAGUUGUUCCCUGAGGUUACUUUCGACACCCAGUGGGGUGGGCCCACAGUGAUACCGAGCGGGAAAGGUGAGACUGAGCAAGAGAUCUUUGCACGCAGUGGAGAUUUCCUUUCGAAGUUUCUUGACAGGAUGCAAAGGGACUAUCCAGACAUCGAGCGUGUCUUGUUUGUUACACACGCCGCGACUAAGCAAUGCAUUGGUAUGAAGCUGCUAAACAUCGAAAAUGUCAGAGACAGUAUAGACGAACAAGGAAACGUUCUGCAUAACGCCAGCUGUUCCAUUGAUUGGUUCGAAUACACCGGGAACAACUGGCUCCUGAAGAUGAAUGGUGAGACCUCUUUCUUGAAAGACGGUGCCGAGAUGGACUGGAACUUCACCUAUGGGUUUGAAGCCGGCUCUGACGCAGACAUCAAAGCCAGAAGACUACGUGGAGAGAUCAACUAG